AUGAACAUGUUUAAUACCAGCAUCUUUGAUAACGCUGCCGCGCAGGACUCGGGCGCUGGCGGAGAUGGUUUCCUUAAUGCUCCGCAACCCAUAGACAUCGCCUAUCAGCGACAAGCAUCCAUCUUCAACAACCUGCGUUUUCGCAGAGAAUCCAUUGCCCACUCGCAGGGUAUGGGCGGAGUGCUGUGGGGCUCUGUCACCAUUGGCCUGUGGUUGAAGGAUGAGGUGAUGAUGCAACAUAGCACUGGCCACAAUGGAGGCCAUCAUCUGAACCUCAUAAAUCCGCGGCGCGGGUCGCUCCGUUUGGGCAGCACGGCCCAGGCGCUGCAUAAUAACAUGCUGAUGCUGCCUCCUAAUACCACUAGUUACCUUCCUCGGUUGGAAGCAGACUACUGUAAAGACUACUCGUGCUGUGGACAGCUUCUUCCGACGCUACACGAUUUGCUUCGACACUAUGAGGAAGCGCACAUUUCCACGUCGCCUCCAGCACAUGAGACGAAUUCUCACAUGCUCGAGGCUCACCGCUCGCGCAACAACAUGAACAAUAUCCACAAUGUGAUGGAGACAGUCUCUACCAAUGACGUCUUCCUCAACAACCACGCCCACCAACAGCAGCCUAUGGGCGGCACUUUGCAUCUACCUCCAGCGCAUUUCAACAUCCAACAGCAGACCAUCUCUCAAACGUCCAUGACGCAAACCAUCCUGCCCAGCCUGACUCUUGCGGGCGGAGCACAUGGUGCGGAUGGCGAUGCACAGGCAGUGUCCAUGAGCAGGCCUGGCGGUGGUGCUAGUAACUCGCUGAUGGCUCUGAAUAGACAGCUGGCCCUCAACAGGGCCAAGGCCGAUCAAGGUAACGUUAAUGAUCAGGAUAGAAUGUACAUCGAUGACCCUGCACGUCACUUAUACGUGGAGAAUGAGGAGUACAAGCCUUUCAAGUGUCCAGUCAUCGGUUGUGAGAAGACAUACAAGAACCAGAAUGGCUUGAAAUAUCAUAGAUUGCAUGGACACCAGAAUCAGACAUUAAAGGAGAACGACGACGGAACGUUCUCCAUCAUAGACCCCGAGUCAAACACCCCGUACCUCGAUGGCGCGGGCAUGGAGAAGGACAAGCCUUACAGGUGUGAGGUUUGUGGUAAGCGGUACAAGAAUUUGAAUGGUUUGAAGUACCAUAGAGGUCACACCACUCACUGA